CAGACUUUUGUAAAGAAAUGGGCAUCUCAAAUCUCACAGAAAUCAAAGAGUUUUCCAUCCUCGCCAACCGACAUGAAGAUGGGAUGGUGCGUCCCAUCCAUGCCGAGGAGUAUCUGUUCGACUUCCUGCUGGAUGACAGCUCCAUCUUCUUUUCCCUGAGAAGAGUGAUGUGGAGCCACCCUCUGUCCUUCAUCACUGAGCUCUAUGUGGAGUUCCACUACCAGCAGCUUCUGGCUGACUACCUGGGCGGCCGGUUGCUGCUUGCUCCUGCUGCAGAUGUUUCAUCGUCAGUCCAGCAGAUAGCAGAGCUGUCAGCUCUGCAGCAUCUGGCCCAGGGGCUGCACAAUCAGCCCUCACUGCCAGAGAUAAAGGAGUACCUACCCUCACAGGACGGCCUCAGCAGUAAAGUGGAGGAGAUCUACUCCUUCUGUCAGGGCCAGAUAGCUGCCAUGCACUUCCUCAGCCCUCAAGAUGCCAAAAUACAAUUUAUUGAGUUUCUGAGCACGAUGCCUCUCUUUGGCUCCAACACUUUCUCGGCCCAGAAGGUGAGCCUGCGUGGCUGUCCCUCUCCAUGCAUGGUCAGCAUCAGUCAGGAGGGGGUGCUGUUCCUUAACCCCAAAACACAGGAGCGAGUGUUUCUGAUUCCUCUGGCGGAUGUGCAGUCCAUGCGUACCAUCCGCCCCAAGAAACAAGGCAAACUGCCAGCUAUGGAGAUCGAUUAUAGCAAUCCAGGCCAAUCCAAAAAAGUCACCAUUCAUCUCAAACAGGCUAAGCAGUUGUGCCACAUCCUCGCUCUGAUAAUGGAAGAGUUGAUCAGACCAUCAGUCACCAGCUCCGUUUCAAGUCGACUGUAGACACACACACACACACACACACACACACACACACACACACACACACACACACACACACACACACACACACACACACACACACACACACAUUAUUGAGAGCUUUUGUUAAUCACUGGCUUCUGUACCUAACUUUUGUGUUAACCUUUCUUGUUAAUUUAUAAUUUUUUUCUGUGUAACUUCGUGUGUCAAUGAUGAAGCGGGCUGAAAAGAAACACACUCACUGCUCUCAAGUAUUAUGUAAUCUGAGAAGAAAUGGUCUGACUCAUGCAUACUCUGAUUAAAGAACGUGUGUGAAUGCAGGAGGGGUUUCAAGGGAUUUAUUGUAUGAAUAAACAAUGCCUCAAAAUUAUUCCUUUUGGGAAUUCAUAUUCUAUGACAUAAUUCUUAAAGGUUUGUUAAUCAUUAUUAGAAGUUAAUGUUGUAAUGAUGUCAUGUAAUAUAAGUGAGUAUUUUAAGCAUUAAAUAAAUGUUGAUUCAUUCUCAUGA